AUGGUUGCGUCCAAGAAUUUGUCUGUCACCACCAACUCAGCUAGCAGGGAGUCUGCCUUCAGCACCACUCAAUCGGAUGCAGCUUCUCCAUCGCCUGUGUCAUCCGAAGCAGAGGCAACGGCGUCACCUUUCUCCUCGCUUUUGAGCAGCACUCCCAAUGCAGCCAGUCCGAUGCCUACAACAGCCUCCUCGCAAGCAGGAAACACCCCAGCAACUGCUAGCACUGCAGGAGCAUGGACCCUCCUUUCCCAAGUCACCGGGACCCCUGCUGCGGCUAUCUCCACCUCCCCAACUCCUCUGCACUCCGAGGCAUUCCUCACCACCAGGGAACAGAUGUCUUCAGGAAUAACUCCAGGGCUCUCAGCAACAAGUCAGUUCCCUGCCCAAGAUGAAACCAGCUCUGCCCAGACAGAAACACAGGGCCCAAAGGAAGGCUCCUCUGCCUCUCCUUCCACACGGCUCACCACCAGUGAACAAGUGUCUUCGAGAAGAACUCCACAGCUCUCAGCAACAAGUCCAUUCCCUGUGGAAAAGACAACCAGCUCUGCCGGCACAGGAACGCUGGGCACAACGGAAGGCUCCUCUAGCUCUCCUUCCUCAGAGGUGGAAGACACCUCCUCAGUAACAGCUAGGUCCAAGAGCUCUUCGGACAUGACCAACUCGGUAACCAGGGAGGCUGCCUUCACCAAGACUGAAUCUGAGGCAGGUACUCCAUCGCUUGUGAGUUCGCAAGCAGAGCCAACGGCGUCACCGCUCACCUCGCUUUUGAGCAGCACUCCUAAUGCAGUGAGUCCGAGGCAAAGAACCGACUCCCCGGAAGCAGGAAACACCCCAGCAAUUGCCAGCACUGCAGCGGCAGGGACCAUCCUUACCCCUGUAGCAGCUACCUCCACUGGUACAAUUCCUUCCCAAACUGAGGCACUGCUCACCACCAGGGAACAGAUGUCUUCAGGAAGAACUCCACCGCUCUCAGCAACAAGUGGGUUGGCUGUUGAAACGGGAAGCAGCUCUGCCAGCACAGAAAUACUGGGCCCAAUGGAACAAUCCUCUACCUCUUCUUCCUCAGACACGGAAGCUACCUCCUCUGUAACGGUUGCGUCCAAGAAUUCGUCUGUCACCACCAACUCAGCUAGCAGGGAGGCUGCCUUCAGCACCACUCAAUCGGAUGCAGCUUCUCCAUCGCCUGUGUCAUCCGAAGCAGAGGCAACGGCGUCACCUUUCUCCUCGCUUUUGAGCAGCACUCCCAAUGCAGCCAGUCCGAUGCCUACAACAGCCUCCUCGCAAGCAGGAAACACCCCAGGAACUGCUAGCACUGCAGGAGCAGGGACCCUCCUUUCCCAAGUCACCGGGACCCCUGCUGCGGCUAUCUCCACCUCCCCAACUCCUCUGCACUCCGAGGCAUUCCUCACCACCAGGGAACAGAUGUCUUCAGGAAUAACUCCAGGGCUCUCAGCAACAAGUCAGUUCCCUGCCCAAGAUGAAACCAGCUCUGCCCAGACAGAAACACAGGGCCCAAAGGAAGGCUCCUCUGCCUCUCCUUCCACACGGCUCACCACCAGUGAACAAGUGUCUUCGAGAAGAACUCCACAGCUCUCAGCAACAAGUCCAUUCCCUGUGGAAAAGACAACCAGCUCUGCCGGCACAGGAACGCUGGGCACAACGGAAGGCUCCUCUAGCUCUCCUUCCUCAGCGGUGGAAGCCACCUCCUCAGUAACAGCUAGGUCCAAGAGCUCUUCGGACAUGACCAACUCGGUAACCAGGGAGGCUGCCUUCACCAAGACUGAAUCUGAGGCAGGUACUCCAUCGCUUGUGAGUUCGCAAGCAGAGCAAACGGCGUCACCGCUCACCUCGCUUUUGAGCAGCACUCCUAAUGCAGUGAGUCCGAGGCAAAGAACCGACUCCCCGGAAGCAGGAAACACCCCAGCAAUUGCCAGCACUGCAGCGGCAGGGACUAUCCUUACCCCUGUAGCAGCUACCUCCACUGGUACAAUUCCUUCCCAAACUGAGGCACUGCUCACCACCAGGGAACAGAUGUCUUCAGGAAGAACUCCACCGCUCUCAGCAACAAGUGGGUUGGCUGUUGAAACGGGAAGCAGCUCUGCCAGCACAGAAAUACUGGGCCCAACGGAACAAUCCUCUACCUCUUCUUCCUCAGACACGGAAGCCACCUCCUCUGUAACGGUUGCGUCCAAGAAUUCGUCUGUCACCACCAACCCAGCUAGCAGGGAGGCUGCCUUCAGCACCACUCAAUCGGAUGCAGCUUCUCCAUCGCCUGUGUCAUCCGAAGCAGAGGCAACGGCGUCACCUUUCUCCUCGCUUUUGAGCAGCACUCCCAAUGCAGCCAGUCCGAUGCCUACAACAGCCUCCUCGCAAGCAGGAAACACCCCAGCAACUGCUAGCACUGCAGGAGCAGGGACCCUCCUUUCCCAAGUCACCGGGACCCCUGCUGCGGCUAUCUCCACCUCCCCAACUCCUCUGCACUCCGAGGCAUUCCUCACCACCAGGGAACAGAUGUCUUCAGGAAUAACUCCAGGGCUCUCAGCAACAAGUCAGUUCCCUGCCCAAGAUGAAACCAGCUCUGCCCAGACAGAAACACAGGGCCCAAAGGAAGGCUCCUCUGCCUCUCCUUCCACACGGCUCACCACCAGUGAACAAGUGUCUUCGAGAAGAACUCCACAGCUCUCAGCAACAAGUCCAUUCCCUGUGGAAAAGACAACCAGCUCUGCCGGCACAGGAACGCUGGGCACAACGGAAGGCUCCUCUAGCUCUCCUUCCUCAGCGGUGGAAGCCACCUCCUCAGUAACAGCUAGGUCCAAGAGCUCUUCGGACAUGACCAACUCGGUAACCAGGGAGGCUGCCUUCACCAAGACUGAAUCUGAGGCAGGUACUCCAUCGCUUGUGAGUUCGCAAGCAGAGCAAACGGCGUCACCGCUCACCUCGCUUUUGAGCAGCACUCCUAAUGCAGUGAGUCCGAGGCAAAGAACCGACUCCCCGGAAGCAGGAAACACCCCAGCAAUUGCCAGCACUGCAGCGGCAGGGACUAUCCUUACCCCUGUAGCAGCUACCUCCACUGGUACAAUUCCUUCCCAAACUGAGGCACUGCUCACCACCAGGGAACAGAUAUCUUCAGGAAGAACUCCACCGCUCUCAGCAACAAGUGGGUUGGCUGUUGAAACGGGAAGCAGCUCUGCCAGCACAGAAAUACUGGGCCCAACGGAACAAUCCUCUACCUCUUCUUCCUCAGACACGGAAGCCAACUCCUCUGUAACGGUUGCGUCCAAGAAUUCGUCUGUCACCACCAACUCAGCUAGCAGGGAGGCUACCUUCAGCACCACUCAAUCGGAUGCAGCUUCUCCAUCGCCUGUGUCAUCCGAAGCAGAGGCAACGGCGUCACCUUUCUCCUCGCUUUUGAGCAGCACUCCCAAUGCAGCCAGUCCGAUGCCUACAACAGCCUCCUCGCAAGCAGGAAACACCCCAGCAACUGCUAGCACUGCAGGAGCAGGGACCCUCCUUUCCCAAGUCACCGGGACCCCUGCUGCGGCUAUCUCCACCUCCCCAACUCCUCUGCACUCCGAGGCAUUCCUCACCACCAGGGAACAGAUGUCAUCAGGAAUAACUCCAGGGCUCUCAGCAACAAGUCAGUUCCCUGCCCAAGAUGAAACCAGCUCUGCCCAGACAGAAACACAGGGCCCAAAGGAAGGCUCCUCUGCCUCUCCUUCCACACGGCUCACCACCAAUGAACAAGUGUCUUCGAGAAGAACAACACAGCUCUCAGCAACAAGUCCAUUCCCUGUGGAAAAGACAACCAGCUCUGCCGGAACAGGAACGCUGGGCACAACGGAAGGCUCCUCUAGCUCUCCUUCCUCAGCGGUGGAAGCCACCUCCUCAGUAACAGCUAGGUCCAAGAGCUCUUCGGACAUGACCAACUCGGUAACCAGGGAGGCUGCCUUCACCAAGACUGAAUCUGAGGCAGGUACUCCAUCGCUUGUGAGUUCGCAAGCAGAGCCAACGGCGUCACCGCUCACCUCGCUUUUGAGGAGCACUCCUAAUGCAGUGAGUCCGAGGCAAAGAACCGACUCCCCGGAAGCAGGAAACACCCCAGCAAUUGCCAGCACUGCAGCGGCAGGGACUAUCCUUACCCCUGUAGCAGCUACCUCCACUGGUACAAUUCCUUCCCAAACUGAGGCACUGCUCACCACCAGGGAACAGAUGUCUUCAGGAAGAACUCCACCGCUCUCAGCAACAAGUGGGUUGGCUGUUGAAACGGGAAGCAGCUCUGCCAGCACAGAAAUACUGGGCCCAACGGAACAAUCCUCUACCUCUUCUUCCUCAGACACGGAAGCCACCUCCUCUGUAACGGUUGCGUCCAAGAAUUCGUCUGUCACCACCAACCCAGCUAGCAGGGAGGCUGCCUUCAGCACCACUCAAUCGGAUGCAGCUUCUCCAUCGCCUGUGUCAUCCGAAGCAGAGGCAACGGCGUCACCUUUCUCCUCGCUUUUGAGCAGCACUCCCAAUGCAGCCAGUCCGAUGCCUACAACAGCCUCCUCGCAAGCAGGAAACACCCCAGCAACUGCUAGCACUGCAGGAGCAGGGACCCUCCUUUCCCAAGUCACCGGGACCCCUGCUGCGGCUAUCUCCACCUCCCCAACUCCUCUGCACUCCGAGGCAUUCCUCACCACCAGGGAACAGAUGUCUUCAGGAAUAACUCCAGGGCUCUCAGCAACAAGUCAGUUCCCUGCCCAAGAUGAAACCAGCUCUGCCCAGACAGAAACACAGGGCCCAAAGGAAGGCUCCUCUGCCUCUCCUUCCACACGGCUCACCACCAGUGAACAAGUGUCUUCGAGAAGAACUCCACAGCUCUCAGCAACAAGUCCAUUCCCUGUGGAAAAGACAACCAUCUCUGCCGGCACAGGAACGCUGGGCACAACGGAAGGCUCCUCUAGCUCUCCUUCCUCAGCGGUGGAAGCCACCUCCUCAGUAACAGCUAGGUCCAAGAGCUCUUCGGACAUGACCAACUCGGUAACCAGGGAGGCUGCCUUCACCAAGACUGAAUCUGAGGCAGGUACUCCAUCGCUUGUGAGUUCGCAAGCAGAGCCAACGGCGUCACCGCUCACCUCGCUUUUGAGCAGCACUCCUAAUGCAGUGAGUCCGAGGCAAAGAACCGACUCCCCGGAAGCAGGAAACACCCCAGCAAUUGCCAGCACUGCAGCGGCAGGGACUAUCCUUACCCCUGUAGCAGCUACCUCCACUGGUACAAUUCCUUCCCAAACUGAGGCACUGCUCACCACCAGGGAACAGAUAUCUUCAGGAAGAACUCCACCGCUCUCAGCAACAAGUGGGUUGGCUGUUGAAACGGGAAGCAGCUCUGCCAGCACAGAAAUACUGGGCCCAACGGAACAAUCCUCUACCUCUUCUUCCUCAGACACGGAAGCCAACUCCUCUGUAACGGUUGCGUCCAAGAAUUCGUCUGUCACCACCAACUCAGCUAGCAGGGAGGCUACCUUCAGCACCACUCAAUCGGAUGCAGCUUCUCCAUCGCCUGUGUCAUCCGAAGCAGAGGCAACGGCGUCACCUUUCUCCUCGCUUUUGAGCAGCACUCCCAAUGCAGCCAGUCCGAUGCCUACAACAGCCUCCUCGCAAGCAGGAAACACCCCAGCAACUGCUAGCACUGCAGGAGCAGGGACCCUCCUUUCCCAAGUCACCGGGACCCCUGCUGCGGCUAUCUCCACCUCCCCAACUCCUCUGCACUCCGAGGCAUUCCUCACCACCAGGGAACAGAUGUCAUCAGGAAUAACUCCAGGGCUCUCAGCAACAAGUCAGUUCCCUGCCCAAGAUGAAACCAGCUCUGCCCAGACAGAAACACAGGGCCCAAAGGAAGGCUCCUCUGCCUCUCCUUCCACACGGCUCACCACCAAUGAACAAGUGUCUUCGAGAAGAACAACACAGCUCUCAGCAACAAGUCCAUUCCCUGUGGAAAAGACAACCAGCUCUGCCGGAACAGGAACGCUGGGCACAACGGAAGGCUCCUCUAGCUCUCCUUCCUCAGCGGUGGAAGCCACCUCCUCAGUAACAGCUAGGUCCAAGAGCUCUUCGGACAUGACCAACUCGGUAACCAGGGAGGCUGCCUUCACCAAGACUGAAUCUGAGGCAGGUACUCCAUCGCUUGUGAGUUCGCAAGCAGAGCCAACGGCGUCACCGCUCACCUCGCUUUUGAGCAGCACUCCUAAUGCAGUGAGUCCGAGGCAAAGAACCGACUCCCCGGAAGCAGGAAACACCCCAGCAAUUGCCAGCACUGCAGCGGCAGGGACCAUCCUUACCCCUGUAGCAGCUACCUCCACUGGUACAAUUCCUUCCCAAACUGAGGCACUGCUCACCACCAGGGAACAGAUGUCUUCAGGAAGAACUCCACCGCUCUCAGCAACAAGUGGGUUUGCUGUUGAAACGGGAAGCAGCUCUACCAGCACAGAAAUACUGGGCCCAACGGAACCAUCCUCUACCUCUUCUUCCUCAGACACGGAAGCCACCUCCUCUGUAACGGUUGCGUCCAAGAAUUCGUCUGUCACCACCAACCCAGCUAGCAGGGAGGCUGCCUUCAGCACCACUCAAUCGGAUGCAGCUUCUCCAUCGCCUGUGUCAUCCGAAGCAGAGGCAACGGCGUCACCUUUCUCCUCGCUUUUGAGCAGCACUCCCAAUGCAGCCAGUCCGAUGCCUACAACAGCCUCCUCGCAAGCAGGAAACACCCCAGCAACUGCUAGCACUGCAGGAGCAGGGACCCUCCUUUCCCAAGUCACCGGGACCCCUGCUGCGGCUAUCUCCACCUCCCCAACUCCUCUGCACUCCGAGGCAUUCCUCACCACCAGGGAACAGAUGUCUUCAGGAAUAACUCCAGGGCUCUCAGCAACAAGUCAGUUCCCUGCCCAAGAUGAAACCAGCUCUGCCCAGACAGAAACACAGGGCCCAAAGGAAGGCUCCUCUGCCUCUCCUUCCACACGGCUCACCACCAGUGAACAAGUGUCUUCGAGAAGAACUCCACAGCUCUCAGCAACAAGUCCAUUCCCUGUGGAAAAGACAACCAGCUCUGCCGGCACAGGAACGCUGGGCACAACGGAAGGCUCCUCUAGCUCUCCUUCCUCAGCGGUGGAAGCCACCUCCUCAGUAACAGCUAGGUCCAAGAGCUCUUCGGACAUGACCAACUCGGUAACCAGGGAGGCUGCCUUCACCAAGACUGAAUCUGAGGCAGGUACUCCAUCGCUUGUGAGUUCGCAAGCAGAGCCAACGGCGUCACCGCUCACCUCGCUUUUGAGCAGCACUCCUAAUGCAGUGAGUCCGAGGCAAAGAACCGACUCCCCGGAAGCAGGAAACACCCCAGCAAUUGCCAGCACUGCAGCGGCAGGGACCAUCCUUACCCCUGUAGCAGCUACCUCCACUGGUACAAUUCCUUCCCAAACUGAGGCACUGUUCACCACCAGGGAACACAUGUCUUCAGGAAGAACUCCACCGCUCUCAGCAACAAGUGGGUUGGCUGUUGAAACGGGAAGCAGCUCUGCCAGCACAGAAAUACUGGGCCCAACGGAACAAUCCUCUACCUCUUCUUCCUCAGACACGGAAGCCACCUCCUCUGUAACGGUUGCGUCCAAGAAUUCGUCUGUCACCACCAACCCAGCUAGCAGGGAGGCUACCUUCAGCACCACUCAAUCGGAUGCAGCUUCUCCAUCGCCUGUGUCAUCCGAAGCAGAGGCAACGGCGUCACCUUUCUCCUCGCUUUUGAGCAGCACUCCCAAUGCAGCCAGUCCGAUGCCUACAACAGCCUCCUCGCAAGCAGGAAACACCCCAGCAACUGCUAGCACUGCAGGAGCAGGGACCCUCCUUUCCCAAGUCACCGGGACCCCUGCUGCGGCUAUCUCCACCUCCCCAACUCCUCUGCACUCCGAGGCAUUCCUCACCACCAGGGAACAGAUGUCUUCAGGAAUAACUCCAGGGCUCUCAGCAACAAGUCAGUUCCCUGCCCAAGAUGAAACCAGCUCUGCCCAGACAGAAACACAGGGCCCAAAGGAAGGCUCCUCUGCCUCUCCUUCCACACGGCUCACCACCAGUGAACAAGUGUCUUCGAGAAGAACUCCACAGCUCUCAGCAACAAGUCCAUUCCCUGUGGAAAAGACAACCAGCUCUGCCGGCACAGGAACGCUGGGCACAACGGAAGGCUCCUCUAGCUCUCCUUCCUCAGCGGUGGAAGCCACCUCCUCAGUAACAGCUAGGUCCAAGAGCUCUUCGGACAUGACCAACUCGGUAACCAGGGAGGCUGCCUUCACCAAGACUGAAUCUGAGGCAGGUACUCCAUCGCUUGUGAGUUCGCAAGCAGAGCCAACGGUGUCACCGCUCACCUCGCUUUUGAGGAGCACUCCUAAUGCAGUGAGUCCGAGGCAAAGAACCGACUCCCCGGAAGCAGGAAACACCCCAGCAAUUGCCAGCACUGCAGCGGCAGGGACUAUCCUUACCCCUGUAGCAGCUACCUCCACUGGUACAAUUCCUUCCCAAACUGAGGCACUGCUCACCACCAGGGAACAGAUGUCUUCAGGAAGAACUCCACCGCUCUCAGCAACAAGUAGGUUGGCUGUUGAAACGGGAAGCAGCUCUACCAGCACAGAAAUACUGGGCCCAACGGAACAAUCCUCUACCUCUUCUUCCUCAGACACGGAAGCCACCUCCUCUGUAACGGUUGCGUCCAAGAAUUCGUCUGUCACCACCAACCCAGCUAGCAGGGAGGCUGCCUUCAGCACCACUCAAUCGGAUGCAGCUUCUCCAUCGCCUGUGUCAUCCGAAGCAGAGGCAACGGCGUCACCUUUCUCCUCGCUUUUGAGCAGCACUCCCAAUGCAGCCAGUCCGAUGCCUACAACAGCCUCCUCGCAAGCAGGAAACACCCCAGCAACUGCUAGCACUGCAGGAGCAGGGACCCUCCUUUCCCAAGUCACCGGGACCCCUGCUGCGGCUAUCUCCACCUCCCCAACUCCUCUGCACUCCGAGGCAUUCCUCACCACCAGGAAACAGAUGUCUUCAGGAAUAACUCCAGGGCUCUCAGCAACAAGUCAGUUCCCUGCCCAAGAUGAAACCAGCUCUGCCCAGACAGAAACACAGGGCCCAAAGGAAGGCUCCUCUGCCUCUCCUUCCACACGGCUCACCACCAGUGAACAAGUGUCUUCGAGAAGAACUCCACAGCUCUCAGCAACAAGUCCAUUCCCUGUGGAAAAGACAACCAUCUCUGCCGGCACAGGAACGCUGGGCACAACGGAAGGCUCCUCUAGCUCUCCUUCCUCAGCGGUGGAAGCCACCUCCUCAGUAACAGCUAGGUCCAAGAGCUCUUCGGACAUGACCAACUCGGUAACCAGGGAGGCUGCCUUCACCAAGACUGAAUCUGAGGCAGGUACUCCAUCGCUUGUGAGUUCGCAAGCAGAGCCAACGGCGUCACCGCUCACUUCGCUUUUGAGCAGCACUCCUAAUGCAGUGAGUCCGAGGCAAAGAACCGACUCCCCGGAAGCAGGAAACACCCCAGCAAUUGCCAGCACUGCAGCGGCAGGGACCAUCCUUACCCCUGUAGCAGCUACCUCCACUGGUACAAUUCCUUCCCAAACUGAGGCACUGCUCACCAGCAGGGAACAGAUGUCUUCAGGAAGAACUCCACCGCUCUCAGCAACAAGUGGGUUUGCUGUUGAAACGGGAAGCAGCUCUGCCAGCACAGAAAUACUGGGCCCAACGGAACAAUCCUCUACCUCUUCUUCCUCAGACACGGAAGCCACCUCCUCUGUAACGGUUGCGUCCAAGAAUUCGUCUGUCACCACCAACCCAGCUAGCAGGGAGUCUGCCUUCAGCACCACUCAAUCGGAUGCAGCUUCUCCAUCGCCUGUGUCAUCCGAAGCAGAGGCAACGGCGUCACCUUUCUCCUCGCUUUUGAGCAGCACUCCCAAUGCAGCCAGUCCGAUGCCUACAACAGCCUCCUCGCAAGCAGGAAACACCCCAGCAACUGCUAGCACUGCAGGAGCAGGGACCCUCCUUUCCCAAGUCACCGGGACCCCUGCUGCGGCUAUCUCCACCUCCCCAACUCCUCUGCACUCCGAGGCAUUCCUCACCACCAGGGAACAGAUGUCUUCAGGAAUAACUCCAGGGCUCUCAGCAACAAGUCAGUUCCCUGCCCAAGAUGAAACCAGCUCUGCCCAGACAGAAACACAGGGCCCAAAGGAAGGCUCCUCUGCCUCUCCUUCCACACGGCUCACCACCAGUGAACAAGUGUCUUCGAGAAGAACUCCACAGCUCUCAGCAACAAGUCCAUUCCCUGUGGAAAAGACAACCAGCUCUGCCGGCACAGGAACGCUGGGCACAACGGAAGGCUCCUCUAGCUCUCCUUCCUCAGCGGUGGAAGCCACCUCCUCAGUAACAGCUAGGUCCAAGAGCUCUUCGGACAUGACCAACUCGGUAACCAGGGAGGCUGCCUUCACCAAGACUGAAUCUGAUGCAGGUACUCCAUCGCUUGUGAGUUCGCAAGCAGAGCCAACGGCGUCACCGCUCAACUCGCUUUUGAGCAGCACUCCUAAUGCAGUGAGUCCGAGGCAAAGAACCGACUCCCCGGAAGCAGGAAAGACCCCAGCUAUUGCCAGCACUGCAGCGGCAGGGACUAUCCUUACCCCUGUAGCAGCUACCUCCACUGGUACAAUUCCUUCCCAAACUGAGGCACUGCUCACCAGCAGGGAACAGAUGUCUUCAGGAAGAACUCCACCGCUCUCAGCAACAAGUGGGUUUGCUGUUGAAACGGGAAGCAGCUCUGCCAGCACAGAAAUACUGGGCCCAACGGAACAAUCCUCUACCUCUUCUUCCUCAGACACGGAAGCCACCUCCUCUGUAACGGUUGCGUCCAAGAAUUCGUCUGUCACCACCAACCCAGCUAGCAGGGAGUCUGCCUUCAGCACCACUCAAUCGGAUGCAGCUUCUCCAUCGCCUGUGUCAUCCGAAGCAGAGGCAACGGCGUCACCUUUCUCCUCGCUUUUGAGCAGCACUCCCAAUGCAGCCAGUCCGAUGCCUACAACAGCCUCCUCGCAAGCAGGAAACACCCCAGCAACUGCUAGCACUGCAGGAGCAGGGACCCUCCUUUCCCAAGUCACCGGGACCCCUGCUGCGGCUCUCUCCACCUCCCCAACUGCUCUGCACUCCGAGGCAUUCCUCACCACCAGGGAACAGAUGUCUUCAGGAAUAACUCCAGGGCUCUCAGCAACAAGUCAGUUCCCUGCCCAAGAUGAAACCAGCUCUGCCCAGACAGAAACACAGGGCCCAAAGGAAGGCUCCUCUGCCUCUCCUUCCACACGGCUCACCACCAGUGAACAAGUGUCUUCGAGAAGAACUCCACAGCUCUCAGCAACAAGUCCAUUCCCUGUGGAAAAGACAACCAGCUCUGCCGGCACAGGAACGCUGGGCACAACGGAAGGCUCCUCUAGCUCUCCUUCCUCAGCGGUGGAAGCCACCUCCUCAGUAACAGCUAGGUCCAAGAGCUCUUCGGACAUGACCAACUCGGUAACCAGGGAGGCUGCCUUCACCAAGACUGAAUCUGAGGCAGGUACUCCAUCGCUUGUGAGUUCGCAAGCAGAGCCAACGGCGUCACCGCUCACCUCGCUUUUGAGCAGCACUCCUAGUGCAGUGAGUCCGAGGCAAAGAACCGACUCCCCGGAAGCAGGAAACACCCCAGCAAUUGCCAGCACUGCAGCGGCAGGGACCAUCCUUACCCCUGUAGCAGCUACCUCCACUGGUACAAUUCCUUCCCAAACUGAGGCACUGCUCACCACCAGGGAACAGAUGUCUUCAGGAAGAACUCCACCACUCUCAGCAACAAGUGGGUUUGCUGUUGAAACGGGAAGCAGCUCUACCAGCACAGAAAUACUGGGCCCAACGGAACAAUCCUCUACCUCUUCUUCCUCAGACACGGAAGCCACCUCCUCUGUAACGGUUGCGUCCAAGAAUUCGUCUGUCACCACCAACCCAGCUAGCAGAGAGGCUGCCUUCAGCACCACUCAAUCGGAUGCAGCUUCUCCAUCGCCUGUGUCAUCCGAAGCAGAGGCAACGGCGUCACCUUUCUCCUCGCUUUUGAGCAGCACUCCCAAUGCAGCCAGUCCGAUGCCUACAACAGCCUCCUCGCAAGCAGGAAACACCCCAGCAACUGCUAGCACUGCAGGAGCAGGGACCCUCCUUUCCCAAGUCACCGGGACCCCUGCUGCGGCUAUCUCCACCUCCCCAACUCCUCUGCACUCCGAGGCAUUCCUCACCACCAGGGAACAGAUGUCUUCAGGAAUAACUCCAGGGCUCUCAGCAACAAGUCAGUUCCCUGCCCAAGAUGAAACCAGCUCUGCCCAGACAGAAACACAGGGCCCAAAGGAAGGCUCCUCUGCCUCUCCUUCCACACGGCUCACCACCAGUGAACAAGUGUCUUCGAGAAGAACUCCACAGCUCUCAGCAACAAGUCCAUUCCCUGUGGAAAAGACAACCAUCUCUGCCGGCACAGGAACGCUGGGCACAACGGAAGGCUCCUCUAGCUCUCCUUCCUCAGCGGUGGAAGCCACCUCCUCAGUAACAGCUAGGUCCAAGAGCUCUUCGGACAUGACCAACUCGGUAACCAGGGAGGCUGCCUUCACCAAGACUGAAUCUGAUGCAGGUACUCCAUCGCUUGUGAGUUCGCAAGCAGAGCCAACGGCGUCACCGCUCACCUCGCUUUUGAGCAGCACUCCUAAUGCAGUGAGUCCGAGGCAAAGAACCGACUCCCCGGAAGCAGGAAACACCCCAGCAAUUGCCAGCACUGCAGCGGCAGGGACCAUCCUUACCCCUGUAGCAGCUACCUCCACUGGUACAAUUCCUUCCCAAACUGAGGCACUGCUCACCACCAGGGAACAGAUGUCUUCAGGAAGAACUCCACCGCUCUCAGCAACGAGUGGGUUUGCUGUUGAAACGGGAAGCAGCUCUGCCAGCACAGAAAUACUGGGCCCAACGGAACAAUCCUCUACCUCUUCUUCCUCAGACACGGAAGCCACCUCCUCUGUAACGGUUGCGUCCAAGAAUUCGUCUGUCACCACCAACCCAGCUAGCAGGGAGGCUGCCUUCAGCACCACUCAAUCGGAUGCAGCUUCUCCAUCGCCUGUGUCAUCCGAAGCAGAGGCAACGGCGUCACCUUUCUCCUCGCUUUUGAGCAGCACUCCCAAUGCAGCCAGUCCGAUGCCUACAACAGCCUCCUCGCAAGCAGGAAACACCCCAGCAACUGCUAGCACUGCAGGAGCAGGGACCCUCCUUUCCCAAGUCACCGGGACCCCUGCUGCGGCUAUCUCCACCUCCCCAACUCCUCUGCACUCCAAGGCAUUCCUCACCACCAGGGAACAGAUGUCUUCAGGAAUAACUCCAGGGCUCUCAGCAACAAGUCAGUUCCCUGCCCAAGAUGAAACCAGCUCUGCCCAGACAGAAACACAGGGCCCAAAGGAAGGCUCCUCUGCCUCUCCUUCCACACGGCUCACCACCAGUGAACAAGUGUCUUCGAGAAGAACUCCACAGCUCUCAGCAACAAGUCCAUUCCCUGUGGAAAAGACAACCAGCUCUGCCGGCACAGGAACGCUGGGCACAACGGAAGGCUCCUCUAGCUCUCCUUCCUCAGCGGUGGAAGCCACCUCCUCAGUAACAGCUAGGUCCAAGAGCUCUUCGGACAUGACCAACUCGGUAACCAGGGAGGCUGCCUUCACCAAGACUGAAUCUGAUGCAGGUACUCCAUCGCUUGUGAGUUCGCAAGCAGAGCCAACGGCGUCACCGCUCACCUCGCUUUUGAGCAGCACUCCUAAUGCAGUGAGUCCGAGGCAAAGAACAGACUCCCCGGAAGCAGGAAACACCCCAGCAAUUGCCAGCACUGCAGUGGCAGGGACCAUCCUUACCCCUGUAGCAGCUACCUCCACUGGUACAAUUCCUUCCCAAACUGAGGCACUGCUCACCACCAGGGAACAGAUGUCUUCAGGAAGAACUCCACCGCUCUCAGCAACGAGUGGGUUUGCUGUUGAAACGGGAAGCAGCUCUGCCAGCACAGAAAUACUGGGCCCAACGGAACAAUCCUCUACCUCUUCUUCCUCAGACACGGAAGCCACCUCCUCUGUAACGGUUGCGUCCAAGAAUUCGUCUGUCACCACCAACCCAGCUAGCAGGGAGGCUGGCUUCAGCACCACUCAAUCGGAUGCAGCUUCUCCAUCGCCUGUGUCAUCCGAAGCAGAGGCAACGGCGUCACCUUUCUCCUCGCUUUUGAGCAGCACUCCCAAUGCAGCCAGUCCGAUGCCUACAACAGCCUCCUCGCAUGCAGGAAACACCCCAGCAACUGCUAGCACUGCAGGAGCAGGGACCCUCCUUUCCCAAGUCACCGGGACCCCUGCUGCGGCUAUCUCCACCUCCCCAACUCCUCUGCACUCCGAGGCAUUCCUCACCACCAGGGAACAGAUGUCUUCAGGAAUAACUCCAGGGCUCUCAGCAACAAGUCAGUUCCCUGCCCAAGAUGAAACCAGCUCUGCCCAGACAGAAACACAGGGCCCAAAGGAAGGCUCCUCUGCCUCUCCUUCCACACGGCUCACCACCAGUGAACAAGUGUCUUCGAGAAGAACUCCACAGCUUUCAGCAACAAGUCCAUUCCCUGUGGAAAAGACAACCAGCUCUGCCGGCACAGGAACGCUGGGCACAACGGAAGGCUCCUCUAGCUCUCCUUCCUCAGAGGUGGAAGCCACCUCCUCAGUAACAGCUAGGUCCAAGAGCUCUUCGGACAUGACCAACUCGGUAACCAGGGAGGCUGCCUUCACCAAGACUGAAUCUGAGGCAGGUACUCCAUCGCUUGUGAGUUCACAAGCAGAGCCAACGGCGUCACCGCUCACCUCGCUUUUGAGCAGCACUCCUAAUGCAGUGAGUCCGAGGCAAAGAACCGACUCCCCGGAAGCAGGAAACACCCCAGCAAUUGCCAGCACUGCAGCGGCAGGGACCAUCCUUACCCCUGUAGCAGCUACCUCCACUGGUACAAUGCCUUCCCAAACUGAGGCACUGCUCACCACCAGGGAACAGAUGUCUUCAGGAAGAACUCCACCGCUCUCAGCAACAAGUGGGUUUGCUGUUGAAACGGGAAGCAGCUCUGCCAGCACAGAAAUACUGGGCCCAACGGAACAAUCCUCUACCUCUUCUUCCUCAGACACGGAAGCCACCUCCUCUGUAACGGUUGCGUCCAAGAAUUCGUCUGUCACCACCAACCCAGCUAGCAGGGAGGCUGCCUUCAGCACCACUCAAUCGGAUGCAGCUUCUCCAUCGCCUGUGUCAUCCGAAGCAGAGGCAACGGCGUCACCUUUCUCCUCGCUUUUGAGCAGCACUCCCAAUGCAGCCAGUCCGAUGCCUACAACAGCCUCCUCGCAAGCGGGAAACACCCCAGCAACUGCUAGCACUGCAGGAGCAGGGACCCUCCUUUCCCAAGUCACCGGGACCCCUGCUGCGGCUAUCUCUACCUCCCCAACUCCUCUGCACUCCGAGGCAUUCCUCACCACCAGGGAACAGAUGUCUUCAGGAAUAACCCCAGGGCUCUCAGCAACAAGUCAGUUCCCUGCCCAAGAUGAAACCAGCUCUGCCCAGACAGAAACACAGGGCCCAAAGGAAGGCUCCUCUGCCUCUCCUUCCACACGGCUCACCACCAGUGAACAAGUGUCUUCGAGAAGACCUCCACAGCUCUCAGCAACAAGUCCAUUCCCUGUGGAAAAGACAACCAGCUCUGCCGGCACAGGAACGCUGGGCACAACGGAAGGCUCCUCUAGCUCUCCUUCCUCAGAGGUGGAAGCCACCUCCUCAGUAACAGCUAGGUCCAAGAGCUCUUCGGACAUGACCAACUCGGUAACCAGGGAGGCUGCCUUCACCAAGACUGAAUCUGAGGCAGGUACUCCAUCGCUUGUGAGUUCGCAAGCAGAGCCAACGGCGUCACCGCUCACCUCGCUUUUGAGCAGCACUCCUAAUGCAGUGAGUCCGAGGCAAAGAACCGACUCCCCGGAAGCAGGAAACACCCCAGCAAUUGCCAGCACUGCAGCGGCAGGGACCAUCCUUACCCCUGUAGCAGCUACCUCCACUGGUACAAUUCUUUCCCAAACUGAGGCACUGCUCACCACCAGGGAACAGAUGUCUUCAGGAAGAACUCCACCGCUCUCAGCAACAAGUGGGUUUGCUGUUGAAACGGGAAGCAGCUCUGCCAGCACAGAAAUACUGGGCCCAACGGAACAAUCCUCUACCUCUUCUUCCUCAGACACGGAAGCCACCUCCUCUGUAACGGUUGCGUCCAAGAAUUCGUCUGUCACCACCAACCCAGCUAGCAGGGAGGCUGGCUUCAGCACCACUCAAUCGGAUGCAGCUUCUCCAUCGCCUGUGUCAUCCGAAGCAGAGGCAACGGCGUCACCUUUCUCCUCGCUUUUGAGCAGCACUCCCAAUGCAGCCAGUCCGAUGCCUACAACAGCCUCCUCGCAAGCAGGAAACACCCCAGCAACUGCUAGCACUGCAGGAGCAGGGACCCUCCUUUCCCAAGUCACCGGGACCCCUGCUGCGGCUAUCUCCACCUCGCCAACUCCUCUGCGCUCCGAGGCAUUCCUCACCACCAGGGAACAGAUGUCUUCAGGAAUAACUCCAGGGCUCUCAGCAACAAGUCAGUUCCCUGCCCAAGAUGAAACCAGCUCUGCCCAGACAGAAACACAGGGCCCAAAGGAAGGCUCCUCUGCCUCUCCUUCCACACGGCUCACCACCAGUGAACAAGUGUCUUCGAGAAGAACUCCACAGCUCUCAGCAACAAGUCCAUUCCCUGUGGAAAAGACAACCAGCUCUGCCGGCACAGGAACGCUGGGCACAACGGAAGGCUCCUCUAGCUCUCCUUCCUCAGAGGUGGAAGCCACCUCCUCAGUAACAGCUAGGUCCAAGAGCUCUUCGGACAUGACCAACUCGGUAACCAGGGAGGCUGCCUUCACCAAGACUGAAUCUGAGGCAGGUACUCCAUCGCUUGUGAGUUCGCAAGCAGAGCCAACGGCGUCACCGCUCACCUCGCUUUUGAGCAGCACUCCUAAUGCAGUGAGUCCGAGGCAAAGAACCGACUCCCCGGAAGCAGGAAACACCCCAGCAAUUGCCAGCACUGCAGCGGCAGGGACCAUCCUUACCCCUGUAGCAGCUACCUCCACUGGUACAAUUCUUUCCCAAACUGAGGCACUGCUCACCAGCAGGGAACAGAUGUCUUCAGGAAGAACUCCACCGCUCUCAGCAACGAGUGGGUUUGCUGUUGAAACGGGAAGCAGCUCUGCCAGCACAGAAAUACUGGGCCCAACGGAACAAUCCUCUACCUCUUCUUCCUCAGGCACGGAAGCCACCUCCUCUGUAACGGUUGCGUCCAAGAAUUCGUCUGUCACCACCAACCCAGCUAGCAGGGAGUCUGCCUUCAGCACCACUCAAUCGGAUGCAGCUUCUCCAUCGCCUGUGUCAUCCGAAGCAGAGGCAACGGCGUCACCUUUCUCCUCGCUUUUGAGCAGCACUCCCAAUGCAGCCAGUCCGAUGCCUACAACAGCCUCCUCGCAAGCAGGAAACACCCCAGCAACUGCUAGCACUGCAGGAGCAGGGACCCUCCUUUCCCAAGUCACCGGGACCCCUGCUGCGGCUAUCUCUACCUCCCCAACUCCUCUGCACUCCGAGGCAUUGCUCACCACCAGGGAACAGAUGUCUUCAGGAAUAACUCCAGGGCUCUCAGCAACAAGUCAGUUCCCUGCCCAAGAUGAAACCAGCUCUGCCCAGACAGAAACACAGGGCCCAAAGGAAGGCUCCUCUGCCUCUCCUUCCACACGGCUCACCACCAGUGAACAAGUGUCUUCGAGAAGAACUCCACAGCUCUCAGCAACAAGUCCAUUCCCUGUGGAAAAGACAACCAGCUCUGCCGGCACAGGAACGCUGGGCACAACGGAAGGCUCCUCUAGCUCUCCUUCCUCAGAGGUGGAAGCCACCUCCUCAGUAACAGCUAGGUCCAAGAGCUCUUCGGACAUGACCAACUCGGUAACCAGGGAGGCUGCCUUCACCAAGACUGAAUCUGAGGCAGGUACUCCAUCGCUUGUGAGUUCGCAAGCAGAGCCAACGGCGUCACUGCUCACCUCGCUUUUGAGCAGCACUCCUAAUGCAGUGAGUCCGAGGCAAAGAACCGACUCCCCGGAAGCAGGAAACACCCCAGCAAUUGCCAGCACUGCAGCGGCAGGGACCAUCCUUACCCCUGUAGCAGCUACCUCCACUGGUACAAUUCCUUCCCAAACUGAGGCACUGCUCACCACCAGGGAACAGAUGUCUUCAGGAAGAACUCCACCGCUCUCAGCAACAAGUGGGUUUGCUGUUGAAACGGGAAGCAGCUCUGCCAGCACAGAAAUACUGGGCCCAACGGAACAAUCCUCUACCUCUUCUUCCUCAGACACGGAAGCCACCUCCUCUGUAACGGUUGCGUCCAAGAAUUCGUCUGUCACCACCAACCCAGCUAGCAGGGAGUCUGCCUUCAGCACCACUCAAUCGGAUGCUGCUUCUCCAUCGCCUGUGUCAUCCGAAGCAGAGGCAACGGCGUCACCUUUCUCCUCGCUUUUGAGCAGCACUCCCAAUGCAGCCAGUCCGAUGCCUACAACAGCCUCCUCGCAAGCAGGAAACACCCCAGCAACUGCUAGCACUGCAGGAGCAGGGACCCUCCUUUCCCAAGUCACCGGGACCCCUGCUGCGGCUAUCUCUACCUCCCCAACUCCUCUGCACUCCGAGGCAUUCCUCACCACCAGGGAACAGAUGUCUUCAGGAAUAACUCCAGGGCUCUCAGCAACAAGUCAGUUCCCUGCCCAAGAUGAAACCAGCUCUGCCCAGACAGAAACACAGGGCCCAAAGGAAGGCUCCUCUGCCUCUCCUUCCACACGGCUCACCACCAGUGAACAAGUGUCUUCGAGAAGAACUCCACAGCUCUCAGCAACAAGUCCAUUCCCUGUGGAAAAGACAACCAGCUCUGCCGGCACAGGAACACUGGGCACAACGGAAGGCUCCUCUAGCUCUCCUUCCUCAGAGGUGGAAGCCACCUCCUCAGUAACAGCUAGGUCCAAGAGCUCUUCGGACAUGACCAACUCGGUAACCAGGGAGGCUGCCUUCACCAAGACUGAAUCUGAGGCAGGUACUCCAUCGCUUGUGAGUUCGCAAGCAGAGCCAACGGCGUCACCGCUCACCUCGCUUUUGAGCAGCACUCCUAAUGCAGUGAGUCCGAGGCAAAGAACCGACUCCCCGGAAGCAGGAAACACCCCAGCAAUUGCCAGCACUGCAGCGGCAGGGACCAUCCUUACCCCUGUAGCAGCUACCUCCACUGGUACAAUUCCUUCCCAAACUGAGGCACUGCUCACCAGCAGGGAACAGAUGUCUUCAGGAAGAACUCCACCGCUCUCAGCAACAAGUGGGUUUGCUGUUGAAACGGGAAGCAGCUCUGCCAGCACAGAAAUACUGGGCCCAACGGAACAAUCCUCUACCUCUUCUUCCUCAGGCACGGAAGCCACCUCCUCUGUAACGGUUGCGUCCAAGAAUUCGUCUGUCACCACCAACCCAGCUAGCAGGGAGUCUGCCUUCAGCACCACUCAAUCGGAUGCAGCUUCUCCAUCGCCUGUGUCAUCCGAAGCAGAGGCAACGGCGUCACCUUUCUCCUCGCUUUUGAGCAGCACUCCCAAUGCAGCCAGUCCGAUGCCUACAACAGCCUCCUCGCAAGCGGGAAACACCCCAGCAACUGCUAGCACUGCAGGAGCAGGGACCCUCCUUUCCCAAGUCACCGGGACCCCUGCUGCGGCUAUCUCUACCUCCCCAACUCCUCUGCACUCCGAGGCAUUCCUCACCACCAGGGAACAGAUGUCUUCAGGAAUAACUCCAGGGCUCUCAGCAACAAGUCAGUUCCCUGCCCAAGAUGAAACCAGCUCUGCCCAGACAGAAACACAGGGCCCAAAGGAAGGCUCCUCUGCCUCUCCUUCCACACGGCUCACCACCAGUGAACAAGUGUCUUCGAGAAGACCUCCACAGCUCUCAGCAACAAGUCCAUUCCCUGUGGAAAAGACAACCAGCUCUGCCGGCACAGGAACGCUGGGCACAACGGAAGGCUCCUCUAGCUCUCCUUCCUCAGAGGUGGAAGCCACCUCCUCAGUAACAGCUAGGUCCAAGAGCUCUUCGGACAUGACCAACUCGGUAACCAGGGAGGCUGCCUUCACCAAGACUGAAUCUGAGGCAGGUACUCCAUCGCUUGUGAGUUCGCAAGCAGAGCCAACGGUGUCACCGCUCACCUCGCUUUUGAGCAGCACUCCUAAUGCAGUGAGUCCGAGGCAAAGAACCGACUCCCCGGAAGCAGGAAACACCCCAGCAAUUGCCAGCACUGCAGCGGCAGGGACCAUCCUUACCCCUGUAGCAGCUACCUCCACUGGUACAAUUCCUUCCCAAACUGAGGCACUGCUCACCACCAGGGAACAGAUGUCUUCAGGAAGAACUCCACCGCUCUCAGCAACGAGUGGGUUUGCUGUUGAAACGGGAAGCAGCUCUGCCAGCACAGAAAUACUGGGCCCAACGGAACAAUCCUCUACCUCUUCUUCCUCAGGCACGGAAGCCACCUCCUCUGUAACGGUUGCGUCCAAGAAUUCGUCUGUCACCACCAACCCAGCUAGCAGGGAGGCUGGCUUCAGCACCACUCAAUCGGAUGCAGCUUCUCCAUCGCCUGUGUCAUCCGAAGCAGAGGCAACGGCGUCACCUUUCUCCUCGCUUUUGAGCAGCACUCCCAAUGCAGCCAGUCCGAUGCCUACAACAGCCUCCUCGCAAGCAGGAAACACCCCAGCAACUGCUAGCACUGCAGGAGCAGGGACCCUCCUUUCCCAAGUCACCGGGACCCCUGCUGCGGCUAUCUCCACCUCCCCAACUCCUCUGCACUCCGAGGCAUUCCUCACCACCAGGGAACAGAUGUCUUCAGGAAUAACUCCAGGGCUCUCAGCAACAAGUCAGUUCCCUGCCCAAGAUGAAACCAGCUCUGCCCAGACAGAAACACAGGGCCCAAAGGAAGGCUCCUCUGCCUCUCCUUCCACACGGCUCACCACCAGUGAACAAGUGUCUUCGAGAAGAACUCCACAGCUCUCAGCAACAAGUCCAUUCCCUGUGGAAAAGACAACCAGCUCUGCCGGCACAGGAACGCUGGGCACAACGGAAGGCUCCUCUAGCUCUCCUUCCUCAGAGGUGGAAGCCACCUCCUCAGUAACAGCUAGGUCCAAGAGCUCUUCGGACAUGACCAACUCGGUAACCAGGGAGGCUGCCUUCACCAAGACUGAAUCUGAUGCAGGUACUCCAUCGCUUGUGAGUUCGCAAGCAGAGCCAACGGCGUCACCGCUCACCUCGCUUUUGAGCAGCACUCCUAAUGCAGUGAGUCCGAGGCAAAGAACCGACUCCCCGGAAGCAGGAAACACCCCAGCAAUUGCCAGCACUGCAGCGGCAGGGACCAUCCUUACCCCUGUAGCAGCUACCUCCACUGGUACAAUUCCUUCCCAAACUGAGGCACUGCUCACCACCAGGGAACAGAUGUCUUCAGGAAGAACUCCACCGCUCUCAGCAACGAGUGGGUUUGCUGUUGAAACGGGAAGCAGCUCUGCCAGCACAGAAAGACUGGGCCCAACGGAACAAUCCUCUACCUCUUCUUCCUCAGGCACGGAAGCCACCUCCUCUGUAACGGUUGCGUCCAAGAAUUCGUCUGUCACCACCAACCCAGCUAGCAGGGAGUCUGCCUUCAGCACCACUCAUUCGGAUGCAGCUUCUCCAUCGCCUGUGUCAUCCGAAGCAGAGGCAACGGCGUCACCUUUCUCCUCGCUUUUGAGCAGCACUCCCAAUGCAGCCAGUCCGAUGCCUACAACAGCCUCCUCGCAAGCAGGAAACACCCCAGCAACUGCUAGCACUGCAGGAGCAGGGACCCUCCUUUCCCAAGUCACCGGGACCCCUGCUGCGGCUAUCUCCACCUCCCCAACUCCUCUGCACUCCGAGGCAUUCCUCACCACCAGGGAACAGAUGUCUUCAGGAAUAACUCCAGGGCUCUCAGCAACAAGUCAGUUCCCUGCCCAAGAUGAAACCAGCUCUGCCCAGACAGAAACACAGGGCCCAAAGGAAGGCUCCUCUGCCUCUCCUUCCACACGGCUCACCACCAGUGAACAAGUGUCUUCGAGAAGAACUCCACAGCUCUCAGCAACAAGUCCAUUCCCUGUGGAAAAGACAAUCAGCUCUGCCGGCACAGGAACGCUGGGCACAACGGAAGGCUCCUCUAGCUCUCCUUCCUCAGCGGUGGAAGCCACCUCCUCAGUAACAGCUAGGUCCAAGAGCUCUUCGGACAUGACCAACUCGGUAACCAGGGAGGCUGCCUUCACCAAGACUGAAUCUGAGGCAGGUACUCCAUCGCUUGUGAGUUCGCAAGCAGAGCCAACGGCGUCACCGCUCACCUCGCUUUUGAGCAGCACUCCUAAUGCAGUGAGUCCGAGGCAAAGAACCGACUCCCCGGAAGCAGGAAACACCCCAGCAAUUGCCAGCACUGCAGCGGCAGGGACCAUCCUUACCCCUGUAGCAGCUACCUCCACUGGCACGGAAGCCACCUCCUCUGUAACGGUUGCGUCCAAGAAUUCGUCUGUCACCACCAACCCAGCUAGCAGGGAGUCUGCCUUCAGCACCACUCAAUCGGAUGCAGCUUCUCCAUCGCCUGUGUCAUCCGAAGCAGAGGCAACGGCGUCACCUUUCUCCUCGCUUUUGAGCAGCACUCCCAAUGCAGCCAGUCCGAUGCCUACAACAGCCUCCUCGCAAGCAGGAAACACCCCAGCAACUGCUAGCACUGCAGGAGCAGGGACCCUCCUUUCCCAAGUCACCGGGACCCCUGCUGCGGCUAUCUCUACCUCCCCAACUCCUCUGCACUCCGAGGCAUUCCUCACCACCAGGGAACAGAUGUCUUCAGGAAUAACUCCAGGGCUCUCAGCAACAAGUCAGUUCCCUGCCCAAGAUGAAACCAGCUCUGCCCAGACAGAAACACAGGGCCCAAAGGAAGGCUCCUCUGCCUCUCCUUCCACACGGCUCACCACCAGUGAACAAGUGUCUUCGAGAAGAACUCCACAGCUCUCAGCAACAAGUCCAUUCCCUGUGGAAAAGACAACCAGCUCUGCCGGCACAGGAACGCUGGGCACAACGGAAGGCUCCUCUAGCUCUCCUUCCUCAGAGGUGGAAGCCACCUCCUCAGUAACAGCUAGGUCCAAGAGCUCUUCGGACAUGACCAACUCGGUAACCAGGGAGGCUGCCUUCACCAAGACUGAAUCUGAGGCAGGUACUCCAUCGCUUGUGAGUUCGCAAGCAGAGCCAACGGCGUCACCGCUCACCUCGCUUUUGAGCAGCACUCCUAAUGCAGUGAGUCCGAGGCAAAGAACCGACUCCCCGGAAGCAGGAAACACCCCAGCAAUUGCCAGCACUGCAGCGGCAGGGACCAUCCUUACCCCUGUAGCAGCUACCUCCACUGGUACAAUUCCUUCCCAAACUGAGGCACUGCUCACCACCAGGGAACAGAUGUCUUCAGGAAGAACUCCACCGCUCUCAGCAACAAGUGGGUUUGCUGUUGAAACGGGAAGAAGCUCUGCCAGCACAGAAAUACUGGGCCCAACGGAACAAUCCUCUACCUCUUCUUCCUCAGGCACGGAAGCCACCUCCUCUGUAACGGUUGCGUCCAAGAAUUCAUCUGUCACCACCAACCCAGCUAGCAGGGAGGCUGCCUUCAGCACCACUCAAUCGGAUGCAGCUUCUCCAUCGCCUGUGUCAUCCGAAGCAGAGGCAACGGCGUCACCUUUCUCCUCGCUUUUGAGCAGCACUCCCAAUGCAGCCAGUCCGAUGCCUACAACAGCCUCCUCGCAAGCAGGAAACACCCCAGCAACUGCUAGCACUGCAGGAGCAGGGACCCUCCUUUCCCAAGUCACCGGGACCCCUGCUGCGGCUAUCUCUACCUCCCCAACUCCUCUGCACUCCGAGGCAUUCCUCACCACCAGGGAACAGAUGUCUUCAGGAAUAACUCCAGGGCUCUCAGCAACAAGUCAGUUCCCAGCCCAAGAUGAAACCAGCUCUGCCCAGACAGAAACACAGGGCCCAAAGGAAGGCUCCUCUGCCUCUCCUUCCACACGGCUCACCACCAGUGAACAAGUGUCUUCGAGAAGAACUCCACAGCUCUCAGCAACAAGUCCAUUCCCUGUGGAAAAGACAACCAGCUCUGCCGGCACAGGAACGCUGGGCACAACGGAAGGCUCCUCUAGCUCUCCUUCCUCAGAGGUGGAAGCCACCUCCUCAGUAACAGCUAGGUCCAAGAGCUCUUCGGACAUGACCAACUCGGUAACCAGGGAGGCUGCCUUCACCAAGACUGAAUCUGAGGCAGGUACUCCAUCGCUUGUGAGUUCACAAGCAGAGCCAACGGCGUCACCGCUCACCUCGCUUUUGAGCAGCACUCCUAAUGCAGUGAGUCCGAGGCAAAGAACCGACUCCCCGGAAGCAGGAAACACCCCAGCAAUUGCCAGCACUGCAGCGGCAGGGACCAUCCUUACCCCUGUAGCAGCUACCUCCACUGGUACAAUUCCUUCCCAAACUGAGGCACUGCUCACCACCAGGGAACAGAUGUCUUCAGGAAGAACUCCACCGCUCUCAGCAACAAGUGGGUUUGCUGUUGAAACGGGAAGCAGCUCUGCCAGCACAGAAAUACUGGGCCCAACGGAACAAUCCUCUACCUCUUCUUCCUCAGACACGGAAGCCACCUCCUCUGUAACGGUUGCGUCCAAGAAUUCGUCUGUCACCACCAACCCAGCUAGCAGGGAGUCUGCCUUCAGCACCACUCAAUCGGAUGCAGCUUCUCCAUCGCCUGUGUCAUCCGAAGCAGAGGCAACGGCGUCACCUUUCUCCUCGCUUUUGAGCAGCACUCCCAAUGCAGCCAGUCCGAUGCCUACAACAGCCUCCUCGCAAGCAGGAAACACCCCAGCAACUGCUAGCACUGCAGGAGCAGGGACCCUCCUUUCCCAAGUCACCGGGACCCCUGCUGCGGCUAUCUCCACCUCCCCAACUCCUCUGCACUCCGAGGCAUUCCUCACCACCAGGGAACAGAUGUCUUCAGGAAUAACUCCAGGGCUCUCAGCAACAAGUCAGUUCCCUGCCCAAGAUGAAACCAGCUCUGCCCAGACAGAAACACAGGGCCCAAAGGAAGGCUCCUCUGCCUCUCCUUCCACACGGCUCACCACCAGUGAACAAGUGUCUUUGAGAAGAACUCCACAGCUCUCAGCAACAAGUCCAUUCCCUGUGGAAAAGACAACCAGCUCUGCCGGCACAGGAACGCUGGGCACAACGGAAGGCUCCUCUAGCUCUCCUUCCUCAGAGGUGGAAGCCACCUCCUCAGUAACAGCUAGGUCCAAGAGCUCUUCGGACAUGACCAACUCGGUAACCAGGGAGGCUGCCUUCACCAAGACUGAAUCUGAUGCAGGUACUCCAUCGCUUGUGAGUUCGCAAGCAGAGCCAACGGCGUCACCGCUCACCUCGCUUUUGAGCAGCACUCCUAAUGCAGUGAGUCCGAGGCAAAGAACCGACUCCCCGGAAGCAGGAAACACCCCAGCAAUUGCCAGCACUGCAGCGGCAGGGACCAUCCUUACCCCUGUAGCAGCUACCUCCACUGGUACAAUUCCUUCCCAAACUGAGGCACUGCUCACCACCAGGGAACAGAUGUCUUCAGGAAGAACUCCACCGCUCUCAGCAACGAGUGGGUUUGCUGUUGAAACGGGAAGCAGCUCUGCCAGCACAGAAAGACUGGGCCCAACGGAACAAUCCUCUACCUCUUCUUCCUCAGGCACGGAAGCCACCUCCUCUGUAACGGUUGCGUCCAAGAAUUCGUCUGUCACCACCAACCCAGCUAGCAGGGAGUCUGCCUUCAGCACCACUCAAUCGGAUGCAGCUUCUCCAUCGCCUGUGUCAUCCGAAGCAGAGGCAACGGCGUCACCUUUCUCCUCGCUUUUGAGCAGCACUCCCAAUGCAGCCAGUCCGAUGCCUACAACAGCCUCCUCGCAAGCAGGAAACACCCCAGCAACUGCUAGCACUGCAGGAGCAGGGACCCUCCUUUCCCAAGUCACCGGGACCCCUGCUGCGGCUAUCUCUACCUCCCCAACUCCUCUGCACUCCGAGGCAUUCCUCACCACCAGGGAACAGAUGUCUUCAGGAAUAACUCCAGGGCUCUCAGCAACAAGUCAGUUCCCUGCCCAAGAUGAAACCAGCUCUGCCCAGACAGAAACACAGGGCCCAAAGGAAGGCUCCUCUGCCUCUCCUUCCACACGGCUCACCACCAGUGAACAAGUGUCUUCGAGAAGAACUCCACAGCUCUCAGCAACAAGUCCAUUCCCUGUGGAAAAGACAACCAGCUCUGCCGGCACAGGAACGCUGGGCACAACGGAAGGCUCCUCUAGCUCUCCUUCCUCAGAGGUGGAAGCCACCUCCUCAGUAACAGCUAGGUCCAAGAGCUCUUCGGACAUGACCAACUCGGUAACCAGGGAGGCUGCCUUCACCAAGACUGAAUCUGAUGCAGGUACUCCAUCGCUUGUGAGUUCGCAAGCAGAGCCAACGGCGUCACCGCUCACCUCGCUUUUGAGCAGCACUCCUAAUGCAGUGAGUCCGAGGCAAAGAACCGACUCCCCGGAAGCAGGAAACACCCCAGCAAUUGCCAGCACUGCAGCGGCAGGGACCAUCCUUACCCCUGUAGCAGCUACCUCCACUGGUACAAUUCCUUCCCAAACUGAGGCACUGCUCACCACCAGGGAACAGAUGUCUUCAGGAAGAACUCCACCGCUCUCAGCAACAAGUGGGUUUGCUGUUGAAACGGGAAGCAGCUCUGCCAGCACAGAAAUACUGGGCCCAACGGAACAAUCCUCUACCUCUUCUUCCUCAGGCACGGAAGCCACCUCCUCUGUAACGGUUGCGUCCAAGAAUUCAUCUGUCACCACCAACUCAGCUAGCAGGGAGGCUGCCUUCAGCACCACUCAAUCGGAUGCAGCUUCUCCAUCGCCUGUGUCAUCCGAAGCAGAGGCAACGGCGUCACCUUUCUCCUCGCUUUUGAGCAGCACUCCCAAUGCAGCCAGUCCGAUGCCUACAACAGCCUCCUCGCAAGCAGGAAACACCCCAGCAACUGCUAGCACUGCAGGAGCAGGGACCCUCCUUUCCCAAGUCACCGGGACCCCUGCUGCGGCUAUCUCUACCUCCCCAACUCCUCUGCACUCCGAGGCAUUCCUCACCACCAGGGAACAGAUGUCUUCAGGAAUAACUCCAGGGCUCUCAGCAACAAGUCAGUUCCCAGCCCAAGAUGAAACCAGCUCUGCCCAGACAGAAACACAGGGCCCAAAGGAAGGCUCCUCUGCCUCUCCUUCCACACGGCUCACCACCAGUGAACAAGUGUCUUCGAGAAGAACUCCACAGCUCUCAGCAACAAGUCCAUUCCCUGUGGAAAAGACAACCAGCUCUGCCGGCACAGGAACGCUGGGCACAACGGAAGGCUCCUCUAGCUCUCCUUCCUCAGCGGUGGAAGCCACCUCCUCAGUAACAGCUAGGUCCAAGAGCUCUUCGGACAUGACCAACUCGGUAACCAGGGAGGCUGCCUUCACCAAGACUGAAUCUGAGGCAGGUACUCCAUCGCUUGUGAGUUCACAAGCAGAGCCAACGGCGUCACCGCUCACCUCGCUUUUGAGCAGCACUCCUAAUGCAGUGAGUCCGAGGCAAAGAACCGACUCCCCGGAAGCAGGAAACACCCCAGCAAUUGCCAGCACUGCAGCGGCAGGGACCAUCCUUACCCCUGUAGCAGCUACCUCCACUGGUACAAUUCCUUCCCAAACUGAGGCACUGCUCACCACCAGGGAACAGAUGUCUUCAGGAAGAACUCCACCGCUCUCAGCAACAAGUGGGUUUGCUGUUGAAACGGGAAGCAGCUCUGCCAGCACAGAAAUACUGGGCCCAACGGAACAAUCCUCUACCUCUUCUUCCUCAGACACGGAAGCCACCUCCUCUGUAACGGUUGCGUCCAAGAAUUCGUCUGUCACCACCAACCCAGCUAGCAGGGAGUCUGCCUUCAGCACCACUCAAUCGGAUGCAGCUUCUCCAUCGCCUGUGUCAUCCGAAGCAGAGGCAACGGCGUCACCUUUCUCCUCGCUUUUGAGCAGCACUCCCAAUGCAGCCAGUCCGAUGCCUACAACAGCCUCCUCGCAAGCAGGAAACACCCCAGCAACUGCUAGCACUGCAGGAGCAGGGACCCUCCUUUCCCAAGUCACCGGGACCCCUGCUGCGGCUAUCUCCACCUCCCCAACUCCUCUGCACUCCGAGGCAUUCCUCACCACCAGGGAACAGAUGUCUUCAGGAAUAACUCCAGGGCUCUCAGCAACAAGUCAGUUCCCUGCCCAAGAUGAAACCAGCUCUGCCCAGACAGAAACACAGGGCCCAAAGGAAGGCUCCUCUGCCUCUCCUUCCACACGGCUCACCACCAGUGAACAAGUGUCUUCGAGAAGAACUCCACAGCUCUCAGCAACAAGUCCAUUCCCUGUGGAAAAGACAACCAGCUCUGCCGGCACAGGAACGCUGGGCACAACGGAAGGCUCCUCUAGCUCUCCUUCCUCAGAGGUGGAAGCCACCUCCUCAGUAACAGCUAGGUCCAAGAGCUCUUCGGACAUGACCAACUCGGUAACCAGGGAGGCUGCCUUCACCAAGACUGAAUCUGAUCCAGGUACUCCAUCGCUUGUGAGUUCGCAAGCAGAGCCAACGGCGUCACCGCUCACCUCGCUUUUGAGCAGCACUCCUAAUGCAGUGAGUCCGAGGCAAAGAACCGACUCCCCGGAAGCAGGAAACACCCCAGCAAUUGCCAGCACUGCAGCGGCAGGGACCAUCCUUACCCCUGUAGCAGCUACCUCCACUGGUACAAUUCCUUCCCAAACUGAGGCACUGCUCACCACCAGGGAACAGAUGUCUUCAGGAAGAACUCCACCGCUCUCAGCAACAAGUGGGUUUGCUGUUGAAACGGGAAGCAGCUCUGCCAGCACAGAAAUACUGGGCCCAACGGAACAAUCCUCUACCUCUUCUUCCUCAGGCACGGAAGCCACCUCCUCUGUAACGGUUGCGUCCAAGAAUUCAUCUGUCACCACCAACCCAGCUAGCAGGGAGGCUGCCUUCAGCACCACUCAAUCGGAUGCAGCUUCUCCAUCGCCUGUGUCAUCCGAAGCAGAGGCAACGGCGUCACCUUUCUCCUCGCUUUUGAGCAGCACUCCCAAUGCAGCCAGUCCGAUGCCUACAACAGCCUCCUCGCAAGCAGGAAACACCCCAGCAACUGCUAGCACUGCAGGAGCAGGGACCCUCCUUUCCCAAGUCACCGGGACCCCUGCUGCGGCUAUCUCUACCUCCCCAACUCCUCUGCACUCCGAGGCAUUCCUCACCACCAGGGAACAGAUGUCUUCAGGAAUAACUCCAGGGCUCUCAGCAACAAGUCAGUUCCCUGCCCAAGAUGAAACCAGCUCUGCCCAGACAGAAACACAGGGCCCAAAGGAAGGCUCCUCUGCCUCUCCUUCCACACGGCUCACCACCAGUGAACAAGUGUCUUCGAGAAGAACUCCACAGCUCUCAGCAACAAGUCCAUUCCCUGUGGAAAAGACAACCAGCUCUGCCGGCACAGGAACGCUGGGCACAACGGAAGGCUCCUCUAGCUCUCCUUCCUCAGAGGUGGAAGCCACCUCCUCAGUAACUGCUAGGUCCAAGAGCUCUUCGGACAUGACCAACUCGGUAACCAGGGAGGCUGCCUUCACCAAGACUGAAUCUGAUGCAGGUACUCCAUCGCUUGUGAGUUCGCAAGCAGAGCCAACGGCGUCACCGCUCACCUCGCUUUUGAGCAGCACUCCUAAUGCAGUGAGUCCGAGGCAAAGAACCGACUCCCCGGAAGCAGGAAACACCCCAGCAAUUGCCAGCACUGCAGCGGCAGGGACCAUCCUUACCCCUGUAGCAGCUACCUCCACUGGUACAAUUCCUUCCCAAACUGAGGCACUGCUCACCACCAGGGAACAGAUGUCUUCAGGAAGAACUCCACCGCUCUCAGCAACAAGUGGGUUUGCUGUUGAAACGGGAAGCAGCUCUGCCAGCACAGAAAUACUGGGCCCAACGGAACAAUCCUCUACCUCUUCUUCCUCAGGCACGGAAGCCACCUCCUCUGUAACGGUUGCGUCCAAGAAUUCAUCUGUCACCACCAACCCAGCUAGCAGGGAGGCUGCCUUCAGCACCACUCAAUCGGAUGCAGCUUCUCCAUCGCCUGUGUCAUCCGAAGCAGAGGCAACGGCGUCACCUUUCUCCUCGCUUUUGAGCAGCACUCCCAAUGCAGCCAGUCCGAUGCCUACAACAGCCUCCUCGCAAGCAGGAAACACCCCAGCAACUGCUAGCACUGCAGGAGCAGGGACCCUCCUUUCCCAAGUCACCGGGACCCCUGCUGCGGCUAUCUCUACCUCCCCAACUCCUCUGCACUCCGAGGCAUUCCUCACCACCAGGGAACAGAUGUCUUCAGGAAUAACUCCAGGGCUCUCAGCAACAAGUCAGUUCCCAGCCCAAGAUGAAACCAGCUCUGCCCAGACAGAAACACAGGGCCCAAAGGAAGGCUCCUCUGCCUCUCCUUCCACACGGCUCACCACCAGUGAACAAGUGUCUUCGAGAAGAACUCCACAGCUCUCAGCAACAAGUCCAUUCCCUGUGGAAAAGACAACCAGCUCUGCCGGCACAGGAACGCUGGGCACAACGGAAGGCUCCUCUAGCUCUCCUUCCUCAGAGGUGGAAGCCACCUCCUCAGUAACAGCUAGGUCCAAGAGCUCUUCGGACAUGACCAACUCGGUAACCAGGGAGGCUGCCUUCACCAAGACUGAAUCUGAGGCAGGUACUCCAUCGCUUGUGAGUUCACAAGCAGAGCCAACGGCGUCACCGCUCACCUCGCUUUUGAGCAGCACUCCUAAUGCAGUGAGUCCGAGGCAAAGAACCGACUCCCCGGAAGCAGGAAACACCCCAGCAAUUGCCAGCAUUGCAGCGGCAGGGACCAUCCUUACCCCUGUAGCAGCUACCUCCACUGGUACAAUUCCUUCCCAAACUGAGGCACUGCUCACCACCAGGGAACAGAUGUCUUCAGGAAGAACUCCACCGCUCUCAGCAACAAGUGGGUUUGCUGUUGAAACGGGAAGCAGCUCUGCCAGCACAGAAAUACUGGGCCCAACGGAACAAUCCUCUACCUCUUCUUCCUCAGACACGGAAGCCACCUCCUCUGUAACGGUUGCGUCCAAGAAUUCGUCUGUCACCACCAACCCAGCUAGCAGGGAGUCUGCCUUCAGCACCACUCAAUCGGAUGCAGCUUCUCCAUCGCCUGUGUCAUCCGAAGCAGAGGCAACGGCGUCACCUUUCUCCUCGCUUUUGAGCAGCACUCCCAAUGCAGCCAGUCCGAUGCCUACAACAGCCUCCUCGCAAGCAGGAAACACCCCAGCAACUGCUAGCACUGCAGGAGCAGGGACCCUCCUUUCCCAAGUCACCGGGACCCCUGCUGCGGCUAUCUCUACCUCCCCAACUCCUCUGCACUCCGAGGCAUUCCUCACCACCAGGGAACAGAUGUCUUCAGGAAUAACUCCAGGGCUCUCAGCAACAAGUCAGUUCCCAGCCCAAGAUGAAACCAGCUCUGCCCAGACAGAAACACAGGGCCCAAAGGAAGGCUCCUCUGCCUCUCCUUCCACACGGCUCACCACCAGUGAACAAGUGUCUUCGAGAAGAACUCCACAGCUCUCAGCAACAAGUCCAUUCCCUGUGGAAAAGACAACCAGCUCUGCCGGCACAGGAACGCUGGGCACAACGGAAGGCUCCUCUAGCUCUCCUUCCUCAGAGGUGGAAGCCACCUCCUCAGUAACAGCUAGGUCCAAGAGCUCUUCGGACAUGACCAACUCGGUAACCAGGGAGGCUGCCUUCACCAAGACUGAAUCUGAGGCAGGUACUCCAUCGCUUGUGAGUUCACAAGCAGAGCCAACGGCGUCACCGCUCACCUCGCUUUUGAGCAGCACUCCUAAUGCAGUGAGUCCGAGGCAAAGAACCGACUCCCCGGAAGCAGGAAACACCCCAGCAAUUGCCAGCACUGCAGCGGCAGGGACCAUCCUUACCCCUGUAGCAGCUACCUCCACUGGUACAAUUCCUUCCCAAACUGAGGCACUGCUCACCACCAGGGAACAGAUGUCUUCAGGAAGAACUCCACCGCUCUCAGCAACAAGUGGGUUUGCUGUUGAAACGGGAAGCAGCUCUGCCAGCACAGAAAUACUGGGCCCAACGGAACAAUCCUCUACCUCUUCUUCCUCAGACACGGAAGCCACCUCCUCUGUAACGGUUGCGUCCAAGAAUUCGUCUGUCACCACCAACCCAGCUAGCAGGGAGUCUGCCUUCAGCACCACUCAAUCGGAUGCAGCUUCUCCAUCGCCUGUGUCAUCCGAAGCAGAGGCAACGGCGUCACCUUUCUCCUCGCUUUUGAGCAGCACUCCCAAUGCAGCCAGUCCGAUGCCUACAACAGCCUCCUCGCAAGCAGGAAACACCCCAGCAACUGCUAGCACUGCAGGAGCAGGGACCCUCCUUUCCCAAGUCACCGGGACCCCUGCUGCGGCUAUCUCCACCUCCCCAACUCCUUUGCACUCCGAGGCAUUCCUCACCACCAGGGAACAGAUGUCUUCAGGAAUAACCCCAGGGCUCUCAGCAACAAGUCAGUUCCCUGCCCAAGAUGAAACCAGCUCUGCCCAGACAGAAACACAGGGCCCAAAGGAAGGCUCCUCUGCCUCUCCUUCCACACGGCUCACCACCAGUGAACAAGUGUCUUCGAGAAGAACUCCACAGCUCUCAGCAACAAGUCCAUUCCCUGUGGAAAAGACAACCAGCUCUGCCGGCACAGGAACGCUGGGCACAACGGAAGGCUCCUCUAGCUCUCCUUCCUCAGAGGUGGAAGCCACCUCCUCAGUAACAGCUAGGUCCAAGAGCUCUUCGGACAUGACCAACUCGGUAACCAGGGAGGCUGCCUUCACCAAGACUGAAUCUGAGGCAGGUACUCCAUCGCUUGUGAGUUCGCAAGCAGAGCCAACGGCGUCACCGCUCACCUCGCUUUUGAGCAGCACUCCUAAUGCAGUGAGUCCGAGGCAAAGAACCGACUCCCCGGAAGCAGGAAACACCCCAGCAAUUGCCAGCACUGCAGCGGCAGGGACCAUCCUUACCCCUGUAGCAGCUACCUCCACUGGUACAAUUCCUUCCCAAACUGAGGCACUGCUCACCACCAGGGAACAGAUGUCUUCAGGAAGAACUCCACCGCUCUCAGCAACAAGUGGGUUUGCUGUUGAAACGGGAAGCAGCUCUGCCAGCACAGAAAUACUGGGCCCAACGGAACAAUCCUCUACCUCUUCUUCCUCAGACACGGAAGCCACCUCCUCUGUAAUGGUUGCGUCCAAGAAUUCGUCUGUCACCACCAACCCAGCUAGCAGGGAGUCUGCCUUCAGCACCACUCAAUCGGAUGCAGCUUCUCCAUCGCCUGUGUCAUCCGAAGCAGAGGCAACGGCGUCACCUUUCUCCUCGCUUUUGAGCAGCACUCCCAAUGCAGCCAGUCCGAUGCCUACAACAGCCUCCUCGCAAGCGGGAAACACCCCAGCAACUGCUAGCACUGCAGGAGCAGGGACCCUCCUUUCCCAAGUCACCGGGACCCCUGCUGCGGCUAUCUCUACCUCCCCAACUCCUCUGCACUCCGAGGCAUUCCUCACCACCAGGGAACAGAUGUCUUCAGGAAUAACUCCAGGGCUCUCAGCAACAAGUCAGUUCCCUGCCCAAGAUGAAACCAGCUCUGCCCAGACAGAAACACAGGGCCCAAAGGAAGGCUCCUCUGCCUCUCCUUCCACACGGCUCACCACCAGUGAACAAGUGUCUUCGAGAAGACCUCCACAGCUCUCAGCAACAAGUCCAUUCCCUGUGGAAAAGACAACCAGCUCUGCCGGCACAGGAACGCUGGGCACAACGGAAGGCUCCUCUAGCUCUCCUUCCUCAGAGGUGGAAGCCACCUCCUCAGUAACAGCUAGGUCCAAGAGCUCUUCGGACAUGACCAACUCGGUAACCAGGGAGGCUGCCUUCACCAAGACUGAAUCUGAGGCAGGUACUCCAUCGCUUGUGAGUUCGCAAGCAGAGCCAACGGUGUCACCGCUCACCUCGCUUUUGAGCAGCACUCCUAAUGCAGUGAGUCCGAGGCAAAGAACCGACUCCCCGGAAGCAGGAAACACCCCAGCAAUUGCCAGCACUGCAGCGGCAGGGACCAUCCUUACCCCUGUAGCAGCUACCUCCACUGGUACAAUUCUUUCCCAAACUGAGGCACUGCUCACCACCAGGGAACAGAUGUCUUCAGGAAGAACUCCACCGCUCUCAGCAACAAGUGGGUUUGCUGUUGAAACGGGAAGCAGCUCUGCCAGCACAGAAAUACUGGGCCCAACGGAACAAUCCUCUACCUCUUCUUCCUCAGACACGGAAGCCACCUCCUCUGUAACGGUUGCGUCCAAGAAUUCGUCUGUCACCACCAACCCAGCUAGCAGGGAGGCUGGCUUCAGCACCACUCAAUCGGAUGCAGCUUCUCCAUCGCCUGUGUCAUCCGAAGCAGAGGCAACGGCGUCACCUUUCUCCUCGCUUUUGAGCAGCACUCCCAAUGCAGCCAGUCCGAUGCCUACAACAGCCUCCUCGCAAGCAGGAAACACCCCAGCAACUGCUAGCACUGCAGGAGCAGGGACCCUCCUUUCCCAAGUCACCGGGACCCCUGCUGCGGCUAUCUCCACCUCCCCAACUCCUCUGCACUCCGAGGCAUUCCUCACCACCAGGGAACAGAUGUCUUCAGGAAUAACUCCAGGGCUCUCAGCAACAAGUCAGUUCCCUGCCCAAGAUGAAACCAGCUCUGCCCAGACAGAAACACAGGGCCCAAAGGAAGGCUCCUCUGCCUCUCCUUCCACACGGCUCACCACCAGUGAACAAGUGUCUUCGAGAAGAACUCCACAGCUCUCAGCAACAAGUCCAUUCCCUGUGGAAAAGACAACCAGCUCUGCCGGCACAGGAACGCUGGGCACAACGGAAGGCUCCUCUAGCUCUCCUUCCUCAGCGGUGGAAGCCACCUCCUCAGUAACAGCUAGGUCCAAGAGCUCUUCGGACAUGACCAACUCGGUAACCAGGGAGGCUGCCUUCACCAAGACUGAAUCUGAGGCAGGUACUCCAUCGCUUGUGAGUUCGCAAGCAGAGCCAACGGCGUCACCGCUCACCUCGCUUUUGAGCAGCACUCCUAAUGCAGUGAGUCCGAGGCAAAGAACCGACUCCCCGGAAGCAGGAAACACCCCAGCAAUUGCCAGCACUGCAGCGGCAGGGACCAUCCUUACCCCUGUAGCAGCUACCUCCACUGGUACAAUUCUUUCCCAAACUGAGGCACUGCUCACCACCAGGGAACAGAUGUCUUCAGGAAGAACUCCACCGCUCUCAGCAACGAGUGGGUUUGCUGUUGAAACGGGAAGCAGCUCUGCCAGCACAGAAAUACUGGGCCCAACGGAACAAUCCUCUACCUCUUCUUCCUCAGGCACGGAAGCCACCUCCUCUGUAACGGUUGCGUCCAAGAAUUCGUCUGUCACCACCAACCCAGCUAGCAGGGAGUCUGCCUUCAGCACCACUCAAUCGGAUGCAGCUUCUCCAUCGCCUGUGUCAUCCGAAGCAGAGGCAACGGCGUCACCUUUCUCCUCGCUUUUGAGCAGCACUCCCAAUGCAGCCAGUCCGAUGCCUACAACAGCCUCCUCGCAAGCAGGAAACACCCCAGCAACUGCUAGCACUGCAGGAGCAGGGACCCUCCUUUCCCAAGUCACCGGGACCCCUGCUGCGGCUAUCUCCACCUCCCCAACUCCUCUGCACUCCGAGGCAUUCCUCACCACCAGGGAACAGAUGUCUUCAGGAAUAACUCCAGGGCUCUCAGCAACAAGUCAGUUCCCUGCCCAAGAUGAAACCAGCUCUGCCCAGACAGAAACACAGGGCCCAAAGGAAGGCUCCUCUGCCUCUCCUUCCACACGGCUCACCACCAGUGAACAAGUGUCUUCGAGAAGAACUCCACAGCUCUCAGCAACAAGUCCAUUCCCUGUGGAAAAGACAACCAGCUCUGCCGGCACAGGAACGCUGGGCACAACGGAAGGCUCCUCUAGCUCUCCUUCCUCAGAGGUGGAAGCCACCUCCUCAGUAACAGCUAGGUCCAAGAGCUCUUCGGACAUGACCAACUCGGUAACCAGGGAGGCUGCCUUCACCAAGAAUGAAUCUGAGGCAGGUACUCCAUCGCUUGUGAGUUCGCAAGCAGAGCCAACGGCGUCACCGCUCACCUCGCUUUUGAGCAGCACUCCUAAUGCAACACGGAAGCCACCUCCUCUGUAA